GCCUUUAGAAAAUAUGUUUUGUAAUUUGGUUUCACUAAAUGCAUAAGGGGAGAAACACGAGCUGUGAGUGGUUCAAAGCUCGUUACAGAGCGAGAAUCGAACUUUCAGUUUCGAUAGAUUAAUCAAAAAAUGGAGUCCGUCUGAUACUCGGAGGUAAAACUCAGUUUAAAGGAUUCAGACUCGUCAAACUCAAAUUUAAGACCGCGACUAAGGUGUAUCAGAUCUAUUUCCACCGGACCAGCUCAGCUGAUCGUCCCGGUUCGGUGUCGCUCGUCCGGCUGAACAGAGUCCUGUUGUCGAGGAUCGGUGAGCCAUGUUGGGAGAAAUGGAGCCGCAGUGGUUGUCCGAGGAGGUGAAAACAGGAACGACCAUCCUGGCCAUAGAGUUUGAUGGAGGGGUGGUUCUGGGCUCUGACUCCAGAGUGUCUGCAGGGGAAACAGUGGUAAACAGGGUGAUGAACAAACUGUCCCCCCUUCACGACAGGAUCUACUGCGCUCUCUCGGGGUCUGCAGCCGACGCUCAGACCAUCGCAGAGAUGGUCAACUACCAGCUGGAUGUCCACAGCAUUGAGAUCGAUGAGGACCCGCAGGUCCGCUCAGCGGCCACUCUGGUGAGGAACAUCUCAUACAAGUACAAAGAGGAGCUGUCGGCACAUCUCAUCGUUGCCGGGUGGGACAGGAGAAGCGGAGGGCAGGUGUUUGCCACCCUGAACGGCCUCCUCACCAGGCAGCCUUUUGCUGUCGGGGGCUCCGGCAGUUUCUAUGUUUAUGGGUUUGUCGAUGCUGAGUAUCGAAAAGGAAUGAAAAAGGAGGAGUGCCAACAGUUUGUGCUCAACACUCUGGCUUUGGCUAUGAACCGUGACGGCUCCAGUGGGGGCGUGGCCUACAUGGUGACCAUCGACGAGCACAGCACAGAGGAGAAGGUCAUUCUAGGAAAUGACCUGCCCACUUUCUUUGACCAGUCAUACGAGGACGUCUACUGCAGAAAAAUGGCUGGAACGACUAUUCGCAAAGCCUUGGCUCUGGUUUUGACGGUUUUUGUCGACUUUUCCCUGUUUCACGCGUCCGGAUUAGUGGUCAUCCACAGCGUGUUCGGACACCUUGCGCGCUUGUGGGUGUCUGCAGCCCUGCGCUGGUCAGCUGUUACUGUUGUUGCUUUGCUCAUACUGGGGGACCUCAGACCUCGGCUGAUUCGUUUUCUAACGGCGUACAGCCUGCUCCCGGCGGUCUUUGAGUCCGGCUCCGCCGCGUUUUACCGAGAGGAGAGCCAAUGUGGCCGAGCCACGGAUGUGCGCUGCUGGCUGGCGUGUGGCGCAGCGUCGCUGGCUGCUGCGCUGUUCUGGGAGAUCACCAUCCCGGACCCCGACGAAGAGGCUGCGGAGAAAGAACAGAAACAGAAGUCCAGAGUUCUGUUCAUGAGAGUCCUCCGCUUGUACAGGCCCGACUAUCCCCUGCUGCUCGGAGGCUUUGUGUUCCUGUCCCUGGCAGUUCUCUUUGAGAUGUUCAUUCCCUUCUACACUGGAAGAGUUAUUGACAUCCUGGGUAGAAAUUACAAUCAUAGUGAAUUUCUCACUGCACUCCUCUUCAUGGGACUGUACUCUGUUGGGGGUUCAGUGAGUGCCGGCUGCAGAGGGGGUCUGCUAAUGUGUGCCAUCAGCUCAUACACAUGCAGAAUCCAAGUAAAGCUGUUCGGGGCUUUAACCAAACAGGAAAUUGGAUUCUUCGAGAGCACAAAAACAGGUGAGAUCACAUCCAGACUCUCCAAAGACACAACCCUCAUGGGAAGAACAGUGUGUCUGAAUGUCAACAUCCUCCUGAGGACAUUCAUUAAGACCAUCGGCAUGAUCACCCUUAUGAUGAGUCUGUCUUGGAAGCUUACAUUCCUUGUACUGAUGGAGACACCCAUCACUGGGCUCAUACAGAACAUCUACGACACACACUACCAGCGUUUGUACCAGGCGAUGCAGGACUCUAUGGCUCGUUCAAUGGAAGCUGCAAAUGAGGUCGUGUUUGGGAUUCGAGUUGUGAGGGGUUUCAACUCAGAAAAACAGGAGGGCAAACGUUAUGACAAAUUUUUAACAGAAACACACAACCUGAAAAUACGUCGGGACACUGUCACAGCAGUUUACCUACUAGCACAGAGGUUGACAGGCUUGGGGAUGCAGGUCCUCAUAUUGUACUACGGCAGACUUUUCAUCCAGAGGGGGCAGAUGACCGCCGGGAACCUGGUUUCCUUUAUUCUCUAUCAGUCAGAUCUUGGAGACAACAUCAGGACUCUCACUAACAUCUUCGGGGACAUGCUGAACUCAGUGAUGGCUGCUGGGAAAGUGUUUGAAUACCUGGACCGAAAACCUCGGGUCAGCGCGGAUGGAAAGCUCAAACCGGAUCAGCUGAGCGGACACGUCAGAUACCACCAACUCAGCUUCGCUUACCCGGCAAACCCCAGUAAAACUGUGCUGAAGGACAUUUCUUUGGAGCUGAAACCAGGUCAGAUGACAGCUCUAGUGGGUCCAUCAGGAGAAGGAAAAAGCACCUGUGUGAGUCUGCUGGAGCGAUUUUACGAGCCUCAGAGUGGAGAAAUUCUUCUGGAUGGGGAGCCUCUAAAAUCCUACGACCACCGCUUCUUCCACCAGAAGGUUGCAGUGGUGAGCCAAGAGCCUGUCCUCUUCUCUGGCUCCAUCAGAGACAACAUUGCCUAUGGGCUCGCUGACUGCUCAAUGGAAAAGAUUAAGGAAGCAGCUCGAAAAGCCAAUGCCCAUGACUUCAUCGAGCAGAUGGAGAAAGGCUACAAUGCAGAUGUGGGUGAAGGAGGCAGUCAGUUAUCCAAGAGUGAGAGGCAGCGGAUUGGCAUCGCUCGAGCUCUGGUCAGAGAGCCAAAGGUCCUCAUUCUGGAUGAAAUCACCAGCUCACUGGACACUGAAAGUGAAAACAAGGUUCUGCAGGCUCUGGCGAGCUGCCCUAACCAGACACUCCUGGUGAUCGCUCACAGGCUGAAGACGAUUGAGAAGGCAGAUCAGAUUAUUGUGAUUAGUGGGGGCAACGUUGAGGAGCAGGGGAAUCACCAGGAGCUGAUGGAGCUGAAGGGAAGUUACUACAAACUGAGGGAGAAGCUUUUCACUGAGGGGAGUUCACCACAGUGAUCAACGACUGAAGCUACUGAAGCUAAUUUAACUUAAGCGUCCGAAUCUUAUUACUUUUUCCCCCCAUAUUUUUAAAAGUUAUGACACUUUUUUCCUUUGAGACAUGUCUUCAUGAGAGGAUUUUUUUUCAUGACCUGAUAUUUGAUAAAUGUUUAACCAAACAAGUCAACAAUCCACAAUAAAUCUUUUCUUAUCAAAGAAGUCAAAGAUUUCUUUAUUGGUCAGGAAUAAAAUAUCAAUCAGAAGUUUGUCUUAAUAUAUUUGAACUGUCGUCUUUAUACUGUAGGAUAUGCGUAAAUAAAGUUUUCUAAUUUAAUACCUUUGCUGGUUGUACUUCUGACAUUAUUCUGGUUAGUACGUGUGGAGGAGAGGAAAAAUGG